GCAUCUAUUCCUACUCGUCGUUCUGGAGUUCUCCCUGUCUAACGGGUCGCUUUCAUCAGCCGUACUUGUGAAUGACAGACGCUGCUAACAUGCGUCUUUUGCCAUCCAAAAGCAGUUAACCCUCCCAGGGAAAUAGAGAGAAAAUGGGGGAACUUGUGGCACAUGUUGCGGUUAAUGUUACGCGUCCCUGAAAACUCCAUUUGAGAUUACCCAUGAGCCAUGAGCUACGACUACCAUGGGUCUCGUAGAUAUCUGGGAAUGGGUACCCAAUGGGACACCGUAUGGAUAAUUUGAGUAGAUUCAGUCGAGUUCCCCUUAAAGCAGGUGUCUAGUCACUCUACCCUUUUCUCCCCUCCCCUUAAUCGUCUUUCUCUCGAGGUUUUCAAUCCAAGUGAAUACUCAAUUGCUUCGAGUAUCACGGUGCUCUGUGAAAGGGAAUGUUCAGGUCAUGAAACGCGCCACUAGAGUGGCUAUCGUCGCGAUAGUACUCUUUUUCAAUCUUCUUUUCGUGUUUUUUCACCUGCGCAAUAUCUUUACUGUUUUCGAUGUCGUGGGUGCGUCAAUCGAUGGGUACAUUCCUCGGCCGGUGAAGACAGGGCAAGAUAGAGCUGUAGUGAUUCCGCAUUUAAAGUCUGAAGACACAAGUUGGGUUGGGGAAUUUUUACCUGAUUGGCAGUCAUACAUUUACUCUGUUGACGAUCCAGAUGCCAAGCUACACACGCCAAACAAAGGUCAUGAGUCAAUAGUAUACCUCACAUACAUCAUUGACAAUUACGAUAAGCUUCCUUCGAUAAGCGCUUUCCUACACGCCCACCAAAAUGGUUGGUGGGAUGCAUGGCACACAGACGUGGUUGGUCACGAUAACGUCGUUUCUUUAAACACUCUCAACCUUGAUUUUGUACAAGAACAAGGCUACGUAAAUCUUCGGUGUGCUUUGAAGCCUGGCUGUGCACUAUCAGAUGUUGCCCCUAACACACACAUCAACCCGGAGAUCUGGAUGCAAGUGUUCGGAAACGAUACGACCAUGCCCGCAGAAAUUGGCGCAACAUGUUGUGCUCAAUUCGCGGUUUCGAAAUUACAGAUAUUGCAGAGAAAAAAGGAGGAGUAUAUACACUAUCGGGAUUGGAUCCUUCAAACUCCAUUGCCGGACCGAGAGAGUGGGAGAGUUAUGGAAUAUCUUUGGCAUAUCAUAUUUGGGAGGAAUGCAGUGCAUUGCCCGGAGCCCAAUCAAUGUUAUUGUGACGUAUAUGGGAGGUGUGAUAAAUGAUCGUUUGGGGAAACAAUGUUCACAAGCCAAGCUUUAGGAUAUUAAGAAUUCCAUGUGCGAUAGCUCCUAUUCUUCACAAUUUCCAUGACGAGAUUUGAAUAAAGAAAGAUAGUACCGACACUCCAUAUUUGGGUAAUUUCGGCGAUCGAAGAUAUAUUUCCAAGGUUUGAAGUUCCGCCAUAUUAGUGUAUUUAGCUAGUCAUUCUCUUUCCUCUCACAUCCUGCCUUCUCAAUCGGAUUGAGUAUUCAAGAAGAGACGUCAAGUCUUGUCCAUGAUGUACCUUGAUGGCAAUUAUGGAUCGAACCAACUCAAACUACAAUGGUCAAUUGUUGACA